UAUAAUAUGGGUAACUGCGCCUUAAAAGGGAUCAUCACCGCCACUAGUCAUGGCGGAGUCUUAAUGGAUAACAAGCAGAUGGUGAAGGUGGUGACCUCCAAUGGAGGCAUCAUGGAGCUCUGCACCCCAAUAACCGUUCAUUCCAUUACCAACGGGUUCCCCGGUCACGCCAUAUUCGCAAGCCCCUUCUCAUCGGAGCCCCUUCUCCGCAAACAAGAGCUUCAUGCCGGCCAACUCUACUACCUCCUCCCUCUCAACCCUUAUUAUUAUUAUUCAACUUCAAGAGCCAGCAUGAUAACCAGACAACUCUCUAACUCCACCUCAACACCUUACCGGAUUUUCACUUGCAACGCUACCAUGUGGUCGCAAGCAGAAGAGGGAUCCUCUCCAAGGCAUAAUAAUAAUUAUAGCUCCGGAGUGUGGAAGGUGAACUUGGUGAUAAGCCCGGAGCAGCUGUCGGAGAUUCUGUCACAGGACUCGCUGACGGAGGCGCUCAUUGAGAGCUUGAGGACAGUGGCAAAGUGCGGUAACGGGAUCACU